UCAUGGCUUUUGCAUGAGGUUGGGACACGCGUGCUGCACAGCACUGCCAGACUUCGGCGCAGCCGAGACACGGCAGCUUUCAGGGUGCCAGGAAGAGACGAAGGGUCCCCGAGAGUGAGGGAUACUGCCCUUUACAGGUGUCGGGAGAAGCAAGGGCCAGCCCCAAACCUGGGAGCGUCCCUGGGAACAUUUCGGCCGCUUGCGAGGGGCCACGGAGUGCGCUAGGACCCUGAGACCGCUACCUGCGCCAGGCUGUCAGCAGCACCCGGGAAGAGAAGUCCGCACCAGCCCAGGACGGGCCGGGCUGGGCCACGCCACGCCACACCACAACAGCUCUCCCUGACAGCGAACGUAGCCUUCAGCUCCCCGCGGCGGCGGGGGACGGCCGGUCCCGACCCAGGAAGUGACGCCACCCCGGGCACACCUGACUCACCUGGGCGGGCGGCGGCGCUGGCGCUGCUCACCGCGGUGCCGGGCGGGCGGCUGUCUGCCGGAGAGCAGCAGCAGAGCAGCAUGGCGCGGGAGAGCGGGUCGCCGUGGGCUAUGGGACUGCUGAAAACCUUCGAGGAGAGCGAGUUCUGCAGCUGGGAGAAGAUCGGCUCGGGUGGGUUCGGGCAGGUGUACAAGGUGCGACACCUCCACUGGAAGACCUGGCUCGCCAUCAAGUGUUCGCCCAGCCUCCAUGUGGACGAGAAGGAGCGCAUGGAGUUACUGGAAGAGGCCAGGAAGAUGGAGAUGGCAAAGUUUCGUUACAUCCUCCCUGUUUACGGCAUCUGUAAGGAGCCAGUUGGUUUGGUCAUGGAAUACAUGGAAACAGGAUCUUUGGAAAAGCUUCUGGCCUCCGAACCUCUGCCCUGGGAACUGCGCUUCCGCAUUAUCCACGAGACAGCUGUGGGGAUGAACUUCCUACACUGCAUGUCCCCUCCACUACUCCACCUGGACCUCAAGCCUGCAAACAUCCUGCUUGAUGCCCACUAUCAUGUCAAGAUUUCUGACUUUGGACUUGCAAAGUGCAAUGGCUUGUCCUAUUCUCAUGAUAUCAGCAUGGAUGGCUUGUGUGGCACUAUUGCAUACCUCCCUCCAGAGCGCAUCAAAGAGAAAAAUAGGUGUUUUGACACCAAACAUGACGUGUACAGCUUUUCCAUUGUGAUUUGGGGAGUUCUUACACAGAAGAAGCCUUUUGCAGAAGAAAACAACAUUUUACAUAUUAUGGUAAAAGUAGUUAAAGGGCACCGCCCAGAGCUACCUGCUGUUUCCAAAUCCAGACCUCAUUCGUGUAAUAACUUGAUCAAACUGAUGCAAAAAUGUUGGCAAGAUGAUCCUGGCGAACGACCAACAUUUCAAGAAAUCACUUCAGAAACAGAGGCCCUUUGUGAAAAACCAGAGGAUGAAACAAAAGAGAUGGUAACUCGGGACCUCGACACGAAGAAUUCCGCAGAGCAGCAGCCUCAGGGGAUGUCUGCACUGUCCCAGCCAAAACAGGAUCCUGCUCUACCAUCAGUUAAGGAUUACAGUCUCUCAGAGUUGUUGUCCCAGCUGGAUUCAGGGAUUUCACAGACUAUGGAAGGCCCUGAGGAUCUGAGCCGCAGCUCUUCUGAGUCCAAACUUGCUGCCAGUGAUAAGCGGCUUUCGGGAGUUUCAUCUGUAGAUUCAGCGUUUUCAUCCAGAGGUUCCCUUUCGCUUUCCUUUGAAAGGGAGAGUUCAGAUAUUGGUACCACAGACAUACAGAAAAGGAAACUAACAGAGGCCAUUUUAUCUGGAGAUACCAGCAAGCUGAUGAAGAUACUCCAGCCUCAAGAUGUUGAUAUUGUUUUAGAUGGGAACUCCAGUCUUUUGCACUUGGCUGUUGAAGCUGGUCAAGAAGAAUGUGUCAAAUGGCUCCUUCUGUACAAUGCUAACCCUAACCUCACCAACAAGAAGGGAUCCACCCCUCUUCACAUAGCCAUUGAGAAGAAGUUUAAAAGCAUUGCAGAGCUGAUUAUGGCUAGGAAAAUCAAUGUUAAUGCCAAAGACGAGGAUCAGUGGACUGCUCUUCACUUUGCUGCCCAAAACGGGGAUGAUUUCAGCACCAAAAUGCUGCUUGAUAAGAAUGCCUCCUUAAAUGAGGUAGAUUUUGAAGGCAGAGCCCCCAUCCACAUAGCCUGUCAGUAUGGCCAAGAGAAUAUCGUGCGGAUCUUCCUGAGAAGAGGCGUUAAUGUGCACAUCAAAGGAAAGGAUGACUGGGUGCCGCUGCACUAUGCCGCCUGGCAAGGUCAUCUCCCCAUCGUAAAGCUUCUGGCCAAACAGCAGGGUGCAAACGUCAACGUGCAGACUGCAGAUGGGAGGACCUCGCUGCACUUGGCUGCUCAGCGAGGACACUACCGAGUGGCUCGGCUUCUCAUAGACCUGGAGUCGGACGUCAACGUACAGAACGUGCUCCUGCAGACUGCUCUCCACAUAGCUGCUGAAACUGGCCACACCAGCACCUCCAGGCUGCUCCUUAAACACGGCGCAGACAUCGAGGCAGCGACCGCAGAAGGGUACACCGCUCUGCACUUGGCAUCUCGCAGCGGCCAUGCAGCAACAACUAAGCUGCUGAUAGAUGAAGGGGCCGCUGUUCUAGCCAGAGGCCCUUUCAAUAGGACAGCACUACAUCUUGCUGCAGAAAACGGGCACUCUGAAGUAGUGGAAGAACUCAUCAGUUCCGAAAACAUCAGUGCUUCCGACAGCGAAGGGUUGACGGCUCUUCAUCUGGCUGCACGAGGAGGGCACACAAAAACGGUGGAGGUUCUUCUGCAGCAUGGGGCACACACUAACAUGCAAAGACCCACAAAUCAGACCCUGCUACAAAUUGCUCAGCAGAGCAGCAAUAGCUCAGUUGCUGUGUUGUUAAGUGAUACUUAAGCAGAAGGUACAGAACUUGCUACCUUUCUACCUAGUGUGAGAAGGCUGAUGGAGCUUGGCUCAUGAGGCCCUUCUCCAAUUGAGCAGUGACCUGCCCAUCAGCAGUGUCAGCUGAUGGACUUGAGGGACAACCAGCAGAAGUUACUUGCGUUUGAUUGUACAAGUGAGAGCAUACAUAGACUAAGGCCAGAUGUAAGGUGAAGCGCUGGAGUCUGCCAUGCUGCAGUGUGUCAGCCACUCUGCACUUGCCUGCCUUGCCUGUACGUCUGUAUUUUCCUCCCAAGGAUGUCAUGAGAGAGGGAUGCAACUUGUGGGUUCCCCCCCCGCUUUUAAAUGCCAAACCAAUUUAAGAACUACCAUUCUGCUUUUUUAUCUCCAAACCUCCCCCCCCAAAACAAACAAACAAACAAACAAAAAACAUAGAUUCCUUGUUUGUUGCAAUUAUCUAUAUUGUGGGCUGAAAACCUCCAGCAUAAGACAAAGCAUGACACAAAUCUGCUUGAAAUUAAUGCAAAAGAUAAGGCUAUUUGAGAUAUAGCUAAUCAUAUUUCAGUGUCAAAAGGUACUCUCUUCAAUAGAGACCCUGACUACAGAUUUCCAUGCACUAAAAAUUGAUUAAGGCAGAGUUAUUAAAAAGGCAGGAUCCCAAAAAUGCAUUAAAUGGAAGUAAAAGCUUAAUUCUGGUAUCUUCCUACACAAUACCACCUUGUAUGUAUUCUUAGCUCGGUAAGGCGACUUAGAUGUUCAAUGGUUUGUCUUAGAUGAAAAAGUCAAACCCUACAAUUCAUCCUGGACUGGCUGGUAUAGUUGACCACCAUUAUACCAAUCUGCAAAACAACGUUUGGAGGGGCUGAUGACUAGACCGAUAUACUGUGUAUAUAGCAUUUAUAUUUCUACCUGUUGUAUGUUGUUGGAUUUUUUUUUUCUACUGAAGAAAAUAGAUUUCUUAGAGUGGGUAUGUUUUAAUACACCUUUUAAUGUCACUCUUUUUUUCAAAGCUCAGACGUGAUCUGUCAUUAAUAAAAGACUGUGUUCCAUA